CAGCCGCAAAUGGUUUUUCAAAAAUAAAAAAACAGAGAUUUGUUGUUGUAGAGUCGAGAAACGAAAGAUAAACACGUGAAAAACAAAAAUUUCGUCUCUACACUUCCCCCCACCAACGACACGUAUGCGUUUCUAAGAGAGUUUAAAAAUCUAAAAUUAGACCCGAGUCUAAAGAUUUAUUUUGUUUUUGAUUUUAUUUUUUGGACACUUUGGCAUUUAGACUCCUCUUUGCAUCCCCCGUUGGAGGUGGUCUUAGGUUCCGUUUAGAAUCCUUCCUAUCUUCUUGUUUUGCCUCUGUGGCUGCUACUGAAUUCGGGUUCAAGAUUGUUUUAACAAUUUAAGGUUUUGGUUUACUUGUGGUGUAGGUGUUAGUGUCUCUUGUUUCUGGAAUGGCUCAGUGUGUGAGGUCAACUCUAAAUCCUGUGAGAACACCCCAGAGCUUUACUAGGAAAGCGUAUGUGAAAAGCCCAGCUUUUGCAUCAGUCUCGUUCCUUCGAGCAGUACCGGAGUUCAACAAAUACCCAAAACCUUGUUCAUUGGUUAUGUCUUGCCAGGGCAAGGCUCAAAACCAGCAGGAGGAGCGACCACAACUGUCUCUUGACGAUUUAGUCACGAGUAACCGGAAAGGGGAGGUUCUUGGCACAAUCAAAGACUCGCUUUCUAAUUGUCUCUCUGAGACUAAUCUUCUUGCCACUGUUCCUGGUCUGAAAUCUAGAAUCAAGGGAAAGGUCAGAGAUAUUUAUGAUGCUGGUGAUUAUCUGGUUCUUAUUACAACUGAUCGGUUGAGUGCAUUCGACAGAAACCUUGCUUCAAUUCCCUUCAAAGGCCAGGUUCUUAAUGAGACAAGUUUGUGGUGGUUCAAUAACACACAGCACAUAACUCCAAAUGCAAUCGUUUCAUCUCCUGAUAGAAAUGUUGUUAUCGCAAAGAAAUGCUCGGUUUUUCCCAUAGAGUUUGUGGUUAGAGGAUAUGUGACUGGAAGUACUGACACAUCUUUAUGGACGGUGUACAAUAAAGGUGUUCGGAACUACUGUGGGAAUGAGCUCUCAGAUGGAUUAGUUAAAAACCAGAAGCUUCCAGCUAAUAUACUUACACCAACAACUAAGGCUGCGGAUCAUGAUGUGCCCAUCUCUCCAAAUGAGAUAGUUGAAGGUGGAUUCAUGACUCAAGCUGAAUUUGAUGAAGCAAGUAUGAAAGCUUUGAGCUUGUUUGAGUUUGGGCAGGGGGUGGCCAAGAAACAUGGACUGAUAUUGGUGGACACAAAGUAUGAGUUUGGAAGAAGUAGUGAUGGCUCAAUCUUAUUGAUUGAUGAGAUUCAUACACCCGAUUCCAGCAGAUACUGGCUUGCGGGUUCAUAUGAAGAGCGCUUCCAAAAAGGCCUGGAGCCUGAAAAUGUUGAUAAGGAGUUCCUAAGAUUGUGGUUCAAAGAGAACUGCAAUCCGUAUGAGGACGAGGUCCUGCCUGCUGCUCCAGCAGAACUCGUGACUGAAUUAGCUUGGCGGUACAUUUUCUUGUAUGAAACUAUCACUGGAUCAAGAAUUGACAUUAUUCCGACUCAGGAACCAAUACAUGACCGAAUCUCAAGGAACACAAGCCAAGCACUUUCAUCUCUCCGUCAACUUUGAUCUUUAAUGUAACCUUUAGCCAAGGAUGCAGAGAGCAUAAGUCUGUUUCUUUUUGCAUUCAUAUGUGUUCUAUUGUUGUCUUCAUGGAUUAUGAAUCAAAGACAACUUAAGUUCUAAUUGAGCAACAAACGAAUAAACAUGAAAAAAACUAAUUGACACAGGCUUGGUGAAUUAGAAUAUAUAGUUGAUCAGAUGAGAAAGGAUCAGUUUUGCUU